CCUGUGCUCAUACGUCCGGAAGUUUUCGUCGUAGUCGACUUCGAAAUUUGCUCAGCAAUGAAGUUCAGCAAGCACAAGAUUUCACGCUACAUCGCUAUCCUAGGAAACUCUGCCAAUCUGCGGUACCGAAGCAUGGUGCAGCCAAAAGUACAGUUGACCAUUGUUGGAAUCAGCGUGACGGAAAAGCGCUCUGAUGAACCCUACAUGGUGGAAGUAUCUGGCUAUGAAGCAACGAAAAACGUGCUUUAUGGAGAAACUGUAGCAAAGUUUAUGAAUUUCGUUGCCCAGAAAGCUUAUUUUGCCACGUCUGACAUUAUCAUGCUCCUUACUGGAUUGGGCAAGCCGGGCUGCCCAGCCCAGCUCGUCCGAGGUGAAACGUUGGCAUUCAAUUCGAGCAAAAUGAAGAAGAGUGAUGAAAAGCUGUGGGUAUUUGUUAAAGAAGGUAAAACUCGAUAUUCUUGUGUAGGUUUUGCAUAUCUCGCUGGAGCCUGUACAAAGUGGAGAGUAGGAAUGACCGAAGAAAGAGUUGGCAGCUACUAUGGUGUAUUCGUAUUUGCGCACGAGCUUGCACACAGGUGA